AAUGCCGCGCAGCAAUCCAAAAUAUGUCAAGAAAGAUAAAAGGAAGUCGUGGAAGAAAGAAGACAUGGAAACAGCAAUUACAGUGGUUCGAGAAAAAAAGAUGGGAACCUUAAAAGCGGCAAAAACUUUUAAUGUGCCUCGUACAACCCUACAAACUUUGAGUAAAAAACUUGACCUUACUCCAGCACAAGCAGUUUGUACUAAGCUUGGGCGAAAGCCUUACUUGGGUGAAGACUUGGAAAAAGAGUUAGUUUCCUACUUACUCAUAAUGGAGCAGAAGUUUUAUGGGUACACUAUCCGAGAUUUGCGCAGAAUGGCUUAUCAAAUUGCAAUUAGAAAUCAUCUUGAAACGCCAUUUAACCGUAACGAGGCCGGCAGAUCUUGGGUGGAUCUUUUUUUAAAUCGUCAUAAAGAGCACCUAUCUAUUCGGAAACCAUGUGGAACAUCUUUCUCAAGAGCUUUAGGCUUCAACAAAGAGAAUGUUCAGAGUUUUUUCAAUAUGCUCGAAGAGGCUUACGAAAAACACAAAUUUCCAGCUGAGAGAGUGUUUAAUGUUGACGAAACAGGACUUUCUAUUGUUCAAAGCAAAAUUCCUCAUGUCAUUGGUCGAAAAGGAAAAAAGCAAAUAGCAGCCUUGACUUCUGCAGAGAGAGGUUCUACCGUAACGAUAAUUGCAUGCAUGAGUGCUUCUGGAGUUUUCGUCCCUCCUCUAGUGAUCUUCCCAAGGACAAAUAUGACUCAAAUCCUAAUGAAAGGAUGCCCUCCAGGUUCAAUAGGGAGAGCUCACCCCUCAGGAUGGGUUCAAAGUAAUAUUUUUACAGACUGGUUUGCUCAUUUUAUUGAGAAAGUCUGUCCGACAGAAAACUCGCCAGUUCUGCUGAUUUUGGACGGACAUUACAGUCACGUCCGAAAUCCAGAUUUAAUUGACAUGGCCCGAAAGAGCUUCGUGACAAUAAUUUGUCUUCCACCGCACUCUACACAUAAACUGCAGCCGCUCGACAAGACAUUCAUGGGACCAUUAAAAGCUUUUUAUAGUGAGGAAGUAAGACAAUUUAUUAGACAUUCAAACCGCGCUGUUACACCAUAUGACAUCAUGGAGCUCUUUGGGAAAGCUUACCUUAAGGUCCAGACGGGAGAUAUUGCAGUCAAUGGUUUCAAGGCAACCGGAAUUUUUCCUUUGAACAAAAAUAUUUUCACAGAGGCUGAUUUCAUAGCCUCUGAAAUCGAAGCAGAGAAAACAUGCAAUGCACCCCAGGCUGAUCAGUCAAAGGUGGUAGGAUCUACAUCAUCUUCCCAUGCAUCAUUUUCUCAAUGCUGCUCUUCAAGCACUCCAAAGAAUCUACCUGGACCAUCGAAGCAAAUUAGCCCUUUUCAAAUUGCCCCAGUACCAACAUCAAGAAAAAGGUCACAAAUCGUGGUCGCAAGUCUUCAAGUGCUUGUGUGA